AUGGCUCCUGUUUUGUUAGAACCUGCGAUUGAAGACCCUCAAACGGAUAUUAUAUCAUUAAAGGCGACAGCAGAUGCUACUCCUUUAGCAAAUGGCGUCGAUCUUGUCCUGAGGGAACGUCCAUGGAAGCUGCUGCACCUCGUUGAUGCUUUGGACCCUUCUUCUGCAGACCGGUGCGAACACCCGGAUAUACAAAUCCAACGUUUACUCCAGUUGGCUUGGGUCGCAACAGUGAGGGCUUUUUCCACGUCGACCACACUAUACAUUGGCCAGGACUAUGCGAAGGGUCGGUGCUAUGUCGGCGAAGCGGCUCACGACAGUUCGAUGCCGACCGCCCAACUCCAUACAGAUCCUCAUGAUACUGUCAAAGAUCUGUUCAGUCAAAGCAUUGAGGCAUUGGGGUCCUUGGGCGACGUCAAACUGGUUGCAAAUGGGUAUGCCGGUAAGAAGAACGAAACGUCCAGAUUCAAUGUGACCAUUGUCUACCAAAAGCAACGAAUUUUGUCGGGUGAAAGUCCCUGCGAAGGGCUAUGCCAGACUUGCUGUGGUGUCCUAGCUAGCCAGCCCUCGGAGCCGGACUCUGUAUUCACGGGCCUCCGCCUUUCUAUACAACAUACUCUGAACGAGAGACUCCGUGCCCGACUUGAUGUCGGUGACACGGGACUUGAACUGCCAGUGGCUACAAGCCUCCUCCACAGCUUCAACGAAGCCCUAACCUCCAUCAAUGGCUCGCACACACAAACAAUCGGCAGCCUCGAUCUAUGCUCAGCCCAAGACCGUGAGCAGAUCGCCCAAUUCACCGCAUCCAUCGCACCAGCACAGGAUGCCCUUCUCCACGAGCUGUGCCUGCAACACGUGCAGACAACCCCCGACGCCCCAGCCGUGCGCUCCUGGGAUGGCGAUCUAACAUAUCGCCAACUCGAAGACCUGACAACCCGUCUCGCACACUGGCUAGUGAACCAAGGCGUCGGCCCAAACGUCUUCGUCGCCUGCGCCUUCUACAAAUCCACCUGGGCGAUCGUCGCCCGUCUCGCCAUCCUCAUGGCCGGCGGCGCCUACAUCUGCGUCGACGGCAACGACCCGCCCCCCUAUCUCGGCUCAGUCCUCGAACGCUCAAAGAUGAAAAUAAUGCUCACCUCAUCAGGCUACCACUCCAGGUUCGCCGACCUCGUCGAAACAAUCUUCGAAGUCAGCGAAGCCUCAGUCUCAACCCUCCCCUACCUUCCCUCGCCCCCAUGCACAACCGUCAAACCAACAGACCCAUGCGUCGUCCUCUUCACCUCCGGCAGCACAGGCAAACCCAAAGGCAUCGUCCAAGAGCACCGCAGCUACGCCUCCGCCCUAACAGACUACAUCCGCGUGAUGCGAAUGGGACCGCACAGCCGCAUGUUCCAAUUCGACGCCUACGCCUUCGACAUAAGCAACAACGACUUCCUCGCCCCCCUUAUCGCGGGCGGCUGCUGCUGCGUGCCAACAGUCUCCUUGACAAUGAACUCCCUCAUGGAAGAUGUGAACACCCUCGAGGGUAACAUCAUGUUCAUCACGCCCUCCGUCGCAAUCGAUAUGGAUCCAGACCGUGUUCCCACAUUGAAAACAAUCUGCAUCGGCGGCGAGCCCGUCUCCGACGCUGUCUUGGCUAAAUGGCUGCACCGCGUCGAGGUCAUUAACCAAUACGGCAUGGGCGAGGUCGCCUCGCUGUGCGCGUACAACCGUGACCUGGACCUCGGCCGGGGAUCCAUCGUCGGCCGCGCCGCCUCAGGCGCUAUCUGGAUUGUCAACCGUGAUAAUACCGACCAACUGAUGCCCGUCGGUGCGGUUGGCGAACUCCUUAUCGAAGGACCGCAUCUUUCACGCGGGUAUCUGGACCACAUCUCAGGCAAAUCGGAGAAUUUCCUCUCCGACCCGCCAGUCUGGAUGGCACAGAUCCACACAGACAGACCCAAGCACCGUCUCUACCGCUCCGGUGAUCUGGGUCGAUACAACCACGACGGCACGAUCGAGCUGAUGGGGCGGAAAGAUAGCAUGUUGAAGCUUGACGGAGCGCGGGUUGAAGCGGGACAAGUCGAGUAUGUAUUGCGGUCGAAUUUGUCGACGGGUGAUGUGGCCGUUGUUGAUAUUCUGGGUGCGAUCGAUGGGGGUGGAGAUCCGAUUCUGGCGGUUUAUCUGUAUUUAGCGGGGAAUCCGCUGAACGUUGAGGGGGGUAAUGUUGAGGAGAUGAGCUUUUGGCCUGUUUGGGAGAGACAUGCGGUGAGGAAGCUUACGAGCGGUGAGGAGACGCUGCCGAAGUAUUAUGAGCCGAGUUUGUAUUUGGUUGUUGAUCGGGUGCCGAGGACGAGGAGUAAGAAGAUUGAUCGGAGGAAGUUGCAUUUGCUUGGGCAGGAGUACUAUUUGGCUCAUCGGGAGGAGUUGGAUGAUGUCCUUGUCAAGGUGGAGUGGGAUUUCAUGUAG